UAGAGAGAGAUUUCCUUCAUGGGUCAAGCAGGCUAGAGUUUAAUUCCCUAUUAAAGUGUUGUACCUAGUAGUGCAAGUGCUUAGCUGCAGCUAUAUUCUAAACUAUAUAUAAAUCUCAAAUAGGAAGUGUGGCUGUAAGAGAAGAAUUAGAAAUUCAAAAAGGAAAAAAAAAAGAUCAAAGAAUUGUUUUGAAGCUUGAAAUUCAGCUGAGGAAUUGAGAUGAAAGGAGUAUUUGAUACUUCUCAGAGAAUUAAUGAUAGUGAAGAUGAGGGAGAAGAAGCAGAUAAAAUUUGUAAGUCAACAAAAGAAGAGAGUUCAAGCGAUAGCUCCGUUGAAGACAAUGGAAAGAAGGGAGGUGGCGGAUCUUCACGGCAGUAUCGCCGCUCCAAGACGCCGAGACUCCGGUGGACUCCGGAGCUCCAUCUUUGCUUUAUUCAUGCUGUAGAGAGACUAGGAGGACAAGAGAGAGCAACUCCUAAGUUGGUUCUUCAAUUUAUGAACAUCAAGGGCCUUACCAUCGCUCAUGUAAAGAGUCAUCUUCAGAUGUAUAGGAACAAGAAGAUUGAUGACCCAAAUCAAGAGCAAGGGCUUGUCUUGGAAGGCGGUAACCAGAUAUAUCAUUUGAGCCAACUUUCCAUGUUACAGAGUUUCAAUAAUCAAGGGCCUUCUUCGAGUUUAAGAUAUGGUGAUUAUUCUUGGAGAGGAUAUGAAAACCAAAGCUAUGGCAGCCCAAAGAUGAUCAAUAAGAAUGCACUUCAAAGAGCCGCCAACGAUAGAUCAAUCCCAAAUGAUCGAUUGAGUCAUAAAAGCAGCAGUUGGCAAAUGAUUGAAGAACUGAGAAGCGGGGUUAAAAGAAAGAGUAAUUUGGAACCAGAAUGUGGGCAAAAUAUUGAUUUAAAUUUAUCACUUGAAGUCAAACCAGAGAGUUAUAUUCACGAAGGAGAUAAAAAGGCGAAUUAUUAUUUGGAAUUAGGUGAUGAAGUUGAUAGUAGCUUGUCUCUUUCUCUGUCUUCAUCUUCAUCUUCAAAAAUCAGCAGCAGGUUGAAGGAGGGAGAUCAUGAUUCGAUGAAGAGGCCGCAUGAAGGGACCGCAAGUACUCUAGAUCUGACUUUAUGAAUGAGACAAUUUCUAAGUGAGAUCUUUAAGUACUUGUGCUCAAGAUUUGAUCAUCAUCACUGUCAUACUGUACCAGCUACCAUAUUCAUAAGGUGAUCAUAUUUUCAA